GCAAGCUGUAUUCCUCUUACUCCUGCUGCCAUUGCCAUUGCCAGAGCCAGAGCUAGCCCAGAGAGCCCGAGUUUCGCAGGAGUAAGCGGCGAGAUGGCGGAGACGGUGCUGAGCAUGGCGAGGUCCAUGCUGGGGAGCGCCAUCAGCAAGGCGGCGGCGGCCGCCGGCGAAGAGAUGAGCUUGCUCAUGGGUGUGCAGAAGGAGAUCUGGUUCAUGAAAGAUGAGCUGGGAACAAUGCAAGCGUUCCUGAUAGCCGCUGAAGCAAUGAAGAAGAAGGACCUACUUCUGAAGGUGUGGGCUGAGCAAGUAAGGAGCUUGUCCUAUGAUAUUGAAGAUUGUCUCGAUGAGUUUAUGGUCCAUGUGGGAAACCAAAGUCUCUUGCAGCAAUUGAUAAAUCUCAAAGGCCGUCACCGAAUUACUGUCAAGAUUCGAAACCUCAAAUCAAGAGUUGAAGAAGUGAGCUGCAGGAACACACGCUACAACUCAAUCAAGAUGGAGGCAAGCAACACCUUUGAUGAGACUGACUCCAUGGACGAUGUUUGCAAUCAUUCUCCUAGCAACAUUGAAGAAGCAAAGCUUGUAGGCUUUGACACCUCCAAAAAGGAGCUACUUGACAAGAUAAGCAUCGAUGCCGAUGAUGAUGGUCAUUGUUGGGUGCUUUGUGUGGUUGGCAUGGGAGGAUUGGGUAAGACUACUCUGGUAAGGAAGAUCUUUGAAAGCAAAGAAGACAUUGAAAAGAAAUUUCAAUAUCGUGCUUGGAUCGUGGUGUCACAGUCAUUUUCAAUGAUAGAGAUGCUCAAAGAUAUGAUUAAUCAACUUUUAGGUGGUCUUUCAUUGAUGGAAUGCUUGGAAGGACUCAAAGGGAAGGCAAUACGAGCACACGACCUUGGUACAUAUCUGCGAGAUCAGCUGAAAGAACAAAGGUACUUCGUUGUUUUUGAUGACUUGUGGAACACACAUGACUGGGAAAGGAUUAAGAAAAUUGCUUUCCCUGGUACAAACAACAAAAGGAGUCGGAUAAUAGUAACAACUAGAUUAGAUGAUGUAGCUAAUUCGUGCACCACUGAACCAUUUGUCUACCGCCUAAAACUCCUAGAGAAGGAAUGUGCCAUAGAUUUGAUGCUGAUGAAAAUAAGGAAAAACAAAGAAGACAUGGAGAAUGAUGACAAGCUGAAGAACAUAGUUACAGAACUAGUGAAAAAGUGUGGUUGUUUACCACUUGCCAUAGUAACGAUAGGAGCAAUGUUUGCUAAUAAACAUUCAUCAAAGUGGGAAGAAAUGUGCAGCCAGCUUCCUUCAGAGCUUGAGAGCAACCCAAGUCCUGAGGCAAUAAGGAGAGUGGUGACCCUAAGCUUUAACCAUCUGCCAUCUCAUCUUAAGCCUUGCUUUCUAUACCUAAGCAUUUUUCCUGAGGAUUUUGAAAUUAAAAGAUGGCAUUUGGUAAACAGAUGGAUAGCAGAGGGGUUGGUUAGAGCUAGGGUUGGGAAGACCCUUAGUGAUGUCGGGGAAAGUUACUUUGAUGAGCUAAUUAGCCGAAGCAUGAUUCAACCGUCAAGAGUAAAUGUGGAAGGAUGUGUUAAGAGGUGUCGGGUCCAUGAUAUCAUGCGUGAUAUUAUAGUCUCAAUUUCUAAAGAGGAGAAGUUUGUUUACUCAAUAGGAGAUAAUUUGCCUGCAAUAGUAGUGGAUAAGUUCCGUCAUGUGUCAUACCAUGGAAACAACUACCCAAUAGUAGGAAUGAAUUUCAGCCGUGUUCGAUCGUUAACUAUCUUUGGUGAGUUUGGUCAGAGAUCCAUGGUGUUUGGCUCAUCAAUUUGUUCUCCUCAAUUUACGAUGCUAAGAGCCUUGGAUUUAGAAAAUGCAGACCUUCCAUUGACACAAAAAGAUAUAAACAACAUAGGGUUGCUACGACACUUGACAUAUUUGAAUAUGAGUACUGUAAGGUGGCCAUAUUUUUAUGCACUCCCAAGAUAUAUAGGGAAAUUACAGAACUUACAAGUUUUGGACAUAAGGUAUAGUGAAGUUUCUAUACUACCAACUGAUAUCAGUAAACUCCUUAUGCUCCGUAUCCUCCGUUGCAGCAAGGCAGGUUUUUACGGCUAUUUUGACCCAGAUGAACCGAUAGAAUGCUUGAAGUAUACGUUUGGCAUGCCCUUGCUUUUGACACCAUUAGUUGGUUCUACAGAACGCAAAAGAAUUAUUGCUGAGCUUCAUAGAGCCUACUCUAGCCAUUGGUCAAAGACAUGGGGUGUGAGGGUACCAACAGGAAUCAGCAAAUUAAAGGAGUUACAGGUCUUAGAGGUCAUAGACAUGAAACUAACUAAAAGCAAAGCAAUUCAAGAGCUGGGUGAACUUCAUCGGCUGCAAAAAUUAUGGGUGACAACAAAGGGUGCACAGGACAGCAAGCUCAAGAUACUCUGUGAAGCUAUAGAGAAGCUAUCCUCCCUCCGAUCUCUCCGUGUUGAUGGGACACUUGAGUGGCUGGCUCCUUCCAAUUUCUCACCUCCUCCCCUGCUGAGAAAGCUCAAGUUGAACGGAUGUAUGAGCGUUUUGCCUGAAUCUUUUAGGGACCUCAAGCAGCUGCGGAAGAUUUAUUUGUAUGAAAGCAAACUAGAUGGCAGAGCCAUAGAGAUACUUGGGAGACUGCCCAACCUCAUGCUUCUAGCUCUCGAGUCGGAUGCAUAUGUUGGGAAGAAAUUACCUCUCAAGGAGAAGGAGUUCCCAAAUCUCAAGGUACUUUGUAUUUGGCACAUGGCAGAACUAAGAGGUAUAAGAUUUGAGAAGGGCGCCUCGCCCCUCAUGGAAAGAAUAGAAAUGUCAUGGUGCGAGUUGAAAUCAGGGAUUGUUGGCAUCAAGCACCUUGAACAGCUUAAGGAGAUUUCACUUGAAUUUCGAUGUAAGGUGGCUGCGCUCCAUCUUCUGGAAGAGGAAGUGAAGGCACACCCCAGGAAACCAGCAUUGUGGCUGCCUGAGGACCGAAACGACACUGACUUGGGGAGCCCGGUAGUCUUGACAGAAGAUGAAGGCUCCGAUGGUGAAGCAACGGAAUCCAUCCAUAACGAUGCCGGAGAGUGCUCGCAAGUGAUCGUCUGAUCACCGUGAUGGCAGCGAAGAUGAUUGACGCGCGCGUUCUUCUUCACCUGGGCGACGACUGACCAUGGUGGCUGCUCUCUAUCGAGUUCCCUCUUGCUAUACAACUCCUGCUCUGGUUUGGAGGCACUGCUCCAGUGAAUCUCGCUGCUUUUGUUGGGAACAGAGUUUGACAUUCCAUUUGGAUGAA